AUGACCUACCCCCACCUUUCCAACAACAAGACCAUCCGUAUCCUCGAUGCCGCCCGAGCUGGAGGUUAUGCUGUCCCCGCCCUUUGCACCUACAAUUUUGAAGGUGUUCUCGCCACCAUCCGUGCAGCCGAAGCCCAGCAGUCACCCGCCAUGGUGCUUUUCUUUCCCUGGGUGAUGGAGUAUUCCGGGGCGACGCUGAUACGCGCCGCUGCUGAUGCCUGCCGUAGCGCAAGCGUACCCGUGUCUCUGCACUUGGACCACUGCCAGACGCCCGAGCUGGUAAGACGCGCAGCCGACAUCGCCGGUGGCUUCGACAGCAUCAUGUGUGACAUGAGUCAUUAUGAGCGUGACGAAAGUCUAGCCCUCACGCGCGAGCUAACCGAAUACUGCCACGCGAGGGGCAUAACAACCGAAGCGGAGCCUGGGAGGAUUGAGGGCGGAGAGGACGGCGUAGCGGAGACCGUGGACUUGGAGGGCGUGUUAACUACGCCGGAGGAGGCACUUGAGUUUGUAGACCUAGGUAUCGAGCUUCUAGCACCAGCGUUCGGCAAUGUGCAUGGCGAGUAUGGUCCGAGGGGUAUCCAGCUUGAGUAUGAACGGCUGCGCUCUAUCAAGGAAGCUGUUGGGGACCGCGUCCAUCUUGUGUUGCACGGAGCCGAUCCAUUUGACGAGGAGAUCUUCGGGAUAUGUAUUGAGGCAGGAGUAACAAAGGUGAACAUCAACAGGGGUAUGAACGACCAGUACGUAAGGAUCCAGAAGGAAAUGGAGGGGAAGCCCUUGACUACAAUCAUCGAGAAGGCGACGGAUGCGAUGCAGGGAGCUGUUGAGAAAUACAUGAAGUGGCUGGGGAGCGCUGGAAAGGCGCAGACGCUUGAGGCUCUAUCCCAACUAUAG